UGCUCAUGCUGUGAUUUUCUAGUUUAUUUUUGAGAUAUAUAGUAUUUAUUUUAGUUUUUGUAUUCUUAAUAAUUAUGGGAAUAAUUGCUAGUACUUCAAGUUUGAUAGUUUUCAGUACAGGAACCCUUGUUGGUGCAACUUCUGCUUUCUUCCUCAUCAGGUCUAGAUAUCUACCCAAAGAAGAGAUAUGGAAAAAUGGGACAGAAGAAAGAUUCGAGUUCGAAGAUCCAAAGGAUGAGUAUAGAUUGAUAAUGGGAGUAAGAAAUGAUUUGAAAAUGCAAAAAGGAAAAGUUGCUGCUCAGUGUGGCCAUGCAGCAGUAGCAGCAUAUGCAAAAGCUCUGAAGCAAAAACCUAAAACCCUCAAAAACUGGCUGAGAUAUGGUGGUACUAAAAUAGCAGUUCGGGUUGAUUCAGAAGAAGAAAUGAUCAAGAUAGAUCUUCAUGCAAAACGAUUGAAUGUGUUAUCUAGUAUUAUCCGUGAUGCAGGUCAAACACAAGUUGCUCCUGGAAGUAGAACUGUUAUUGCCAUAGGUCCAGCACCUAAAAGUGUCCUAGAUGAAAUAACAGGGCAUCUCAAGUUAUAUUGAUUCCUUGAAUAUGGAAAUAUAACAGAUGCAUAAAAAAUGGUUUAUCACAGACCC